CGCCAUUGCAAUGGACAGAUAAAUAUUCCCCCCUCAAGCUCUUUGUCUUCUCCUGCUCCUCCCGAUCCCAAUCCGCCAUUGGUGGGCGCCAAGCUCAGCUCGUUGCUCUUCUUCUUCUUCUUCUUCUUCUUCUUCUUCCUCACUCGCUGCCCACUCAUUGGGAAAAAUCCGAGCUCGGAUUGAGGUUUGUUGGUAAGACGGACAGCCAUGGAAGCGGUGAGGUGUUUUGUGGUGUUGUGCGUGGCUGUGGCGGCGGCGCUGGCUUCUUUGGGUGGCGGUGCGGUUGAUGCGGCGGCGGCGGCGGCGGCGGCGCAGGAGAUGCGGCGAGGCUUCUCGGCGGCGCACGACCGGUCCUACUCGCAGUUCGAGCAGGUGCUGUCCGACCCCACCGGCGUCUUCGCCCUCGGCUUCCUCCGCGUCAACUCCACCAUGCUCGACCUCGCCGUGGUCCACCUCCCGUCCUCGUUCCCGCUCUGGAGCUCCAUCCCCGACCGCCCCGCGCAGUGGUCCGCGCCCGCUUCGCUCUCCUUCGACGGCGACCUCGUCCUCACCGACCCCGCCGCCAACAAGGUCCUCUGGUCCGCCGGGGCCGCCGCCGGAGCCGGCGGCGACCGCGUGGUGCUCCUCAACACCUCCAACCUCCAAAUCCAGAGCGGCGGCGGCGGCGGCGACGGCGGCUCGUCGCCCGGUAUCGUGUGGCAGAGCUUCGAUGCCCCAUCGGAGACCAUCGUGCAAGGCCAGAACCUCACCUCCGCGGCGGCGCUCUACACCUCCGACCGCCGCUUCUCCAUGCGGAUGGGGACCAGCUACUUCGGGCUCUACAUCGAGCCGCCCGCGUCGUCGUCCGGCGGCGGCGGCGUCGCGGCAGCGAUGUACUGGAAGCACACGGCGCUGCAGGCCAAGGCCGCGAUCGUGGACGGCGGCGGCCCGACGUACGCGCGCGUGGAGCCCGACGGCUACCUCGCCAUGUACCAGAAGGAAGGGCCACCCGCCGAAGUCCUCUCCUUCGACACCUUCAACCAUGGCGUGCGGGCGCUCCGCCGCAUGACGCUCGAGGCCGACGGCAACCUCCGCGCCUACUACUGGGACAGCACCGGCUCCCGGUGGGUGCUCGACUACACCGCCAUCACCGAUCCGUGCGGCCUGCCAAGCACCUGCGGCGCCUACGCCGUCUGCGUGCCGCCCAGCGGCCGGUGCGCGUGCCUGGCCAACGCGACGGACGGCUCGGGAUGCGCCGCCGCAAACGUCGGCGGCGGCGGCGGCCUCUGCGGCCGCACGGGCGGCGAGGUGGGCGGGCUGUACUGGGAGGUGCGGAGGCAGCGCGUGGAGCCGGCGAACAAGGAAUUCCUGCCGUUCGAGCACUCGCCGUCGGCGGCGGACUGCGAGGUGCGGUGCGCGCGCAACUGCAGCUGCUGGGGCGCCGUCUACAGCAACGGCACGGGGUACUGCUACCUCAUGGACUACCCGGCGCAGAUGAUGGUGGCCGCCGACGAGAGGAAGGUGGGGUACUUCAAGGUGAGGAGCCUGGAGGAGGCGGCGGCGGCGAGCGGGGGCGGGAGGGCGGCCGGUGUCAAGGCGGCGCUGCUUGCCGUCGGCGUGACGGUGCUGGUCGCCGCGGCCGCGUUCGGGGCGUACAGGGUGUGGAAGCGGAGGUGCCGGACGGCCGUGGACGCCAGGCGGCAGGUCGUCGCCGACGACGAGGGGCUCUCGCCGGGCCCGUACAAGAACCUCGGAUCCUUCAGCUCCGUCGAGCUCUCCAGCUCCUUCCGGAGGUAGCCAGCCAGCCACCUGAGAUGUGGUGUGAUUGAUUAGAUCGAUGAGAUCGCUGGGAAACAGACGCCGUGGACGGAGAAGGCAAGGCAAAGGGCGGCGGCGGCGGCCGCUGAUCGGAAGAGGCAGGCCCAAAUUACGGUGGCGAUGACUUGGGCUAGUGGGCUACUUCUGUUUUUGGAGGGAAUGAGGGAUGUCUCUUGUAUGAUUUCGGCCAGUUUUGAUCUUUUCGUUAGGCCCAUCAUAUUAUCCUCGGGCCAUUUUCUUUCCUGUACAAAUUUGCCCCUCCAUCUAAAAAAAGGAAAUUUCUUCCAUGCUA